AUUCAAACUAAGACUAGAUCCAAUUUCAGCUGCCUCAACAUGCAUAGAAUGCUGCUCUACACCUUGGUAAUCGUUGCCCUUGCUUUGGUUCAGGCCUGCCAAAUCCAUCAUAAUCUGACAUUUCCUGCUGCGAACCAAGUUUCCGACUGUUCUGGCCACCACCUCAAUUUUCGUAAUCGGAGUUUGACGAGGGAUCUGCCCACAUUAACCACCGGCAAUUCGAUGUCUUCUUGGCCUGAACUUUGCUUUUAUGGCAAACCUUUUACGUUGGGGCACUAG